AUGUCUGAAAUACCUAGCACGACCCCUACACCACCUCCAGCCACAGAAACUAUAUUGGACAAUGAAUUCAGCUUAUACACAAAGACUUUAACAUUCAACGUUAUAGGUCGAUAUGAUCCAAAAAUUGAUCGUUUAUUAUACCAUACAUCCCAUUGUCAAAUGUAUAAAUUUGGUGAAACUCAAGAAUGGGAAAAAAUAGAUUAUAGUGGUGUGUUGGCAAUCUAUUCUAGGAAGCAAAAUGAAGAUGAAGUUGAUUUGGAUGAUAUUUAUGAUCAUGGUAUAAUAAUAUUAAAUCGUACAUCUCCUGAAAAUUUUAGUGUUGGUUUAUUAUCCAAAAAUCAAAGUAAAAAUUUAGGCAUAAGUGAAGUUAAAGUUGAAUAUCAAUCUGAAUAUAUAAUGCUUAAGAAUGUUGAAGGUGAUAUUUUUGGAUUUUGGGUUCAUGAGGAAAAAGAUAGAGAAAGUGUUUAUAGCUUGAUUAAAGCUAUUGUUAAUAGAGACUGA